AUGGAUUUGAGUAAAAUCGCUCAAAAUCUCAUAAAAUGUGUCUCUACUGGAGAGGUAAGAGCUUUAACAGUUAGUGAAAGCAUUUUAGAAACGAAUUUCUUCACAAUCGUAAACUUUGUGCACAGCUACAGGUCUCUUUGAAAAGCUUUUCGAAAGAUUACUUGUACUUUUCCGACGCUCUGAACUCAGCCUAAUGUGAGGGUGUCAACCUUUACAAGUUUCAUUUUCUCUUUAAGAUGUGCAAUCAUUUCCUUCUGCAACAUUCAAUUUUCUUAAAGUUACUUCUGUUACGUAACUCUUACAGUACUAAUAUUCAAGGAGUCCAUGAGUGAGUUUCAGCUUAUUUCCUUGGCUCUUCGGAAUAUGGCCUAUAAUUAACAUAUUUACUGUCCCAAGUCUUUGAUUUGAUUUGAAUGAUUUGAUUCAAGCAAUUUUUUCCAAUUAUUUGCACUACAAUGACUGAUUUUGGGUACUGAGUUAGAGAUGAAAACUGGGUGUGGAACCUUAUUUGACAUGGAAAUAUCGGUGAGGGUGUUAUGGGUCAAUAUGGAAAACUUGAACAGUAAUUAUUGUCUUUGGUGACAAUUUGAGAGAAUGGUUGAAUUCACAGACUUUCAGGCCAUCUAAUGUUUCCCCUAUAAUUUCCAUGAAGAUCUUUCACCUAUGAAAAAGUUAUAAAUAGCAUGGACUUUAUGACCAGUAUUUCAACCUUUGAUAUAUUGAACUACCCAGGUGGCAUCAUCUUUCCUAAAUCCAUCAAUUGAGAAUAACUGUCCAUACACUUUCUUUGUUAUUUUUUCUUUGUAAUUCCUUGAGAGCUUUUAACUUAUCAUGUGAACUCACUAUUAUUUCUGAUCAGAUGGUUGAGCUGCAGAGUUUAUGGGCCAAGCAAACUGCAGUGGUAGUUUUUCUUCGUCGCUUUGGGUGACAGUUGUGCAGGCUGUGGUCGACUGAGCUUAGUUCGGUCAAAUCACAGCUUGAUGCACACAAUGUACGACUGUGCGGUGUGGGCCUUGAGGAAUUAGGUCUUGAAGAAUUCGUAGAAAAAAAGUUUUUCACUGGAGGUUUGGAAAAAAAAAUUAUUGAACUUUCUGAAUGAUAAAUGCAUUUUUAUUAAUUCGUACUUAUGAUUUAUUGCAUGAAAGAUGCAUAAAUGAUGUCACCAUUGACAACAUUUUACUUUUUUAUCAUAUAAAACAAAUAGACUCCUUAUUGCAGUGGGUCUGUUCAGUAAUAGAUCACAAAAGACUUUGGUUAGAACAUCUAUGACACUUAGCUGCUCUUUGCAUGUCUUUUUUUUUGUUGUCUCUCCACAUUCUGAUGUCAUCUGUAACCUAUUACCGAACAGAUGCACAGCAACAUGGAAUCUUUACAGUUUUUUCGCAAAAAAAGCGUGAAGCUUAAUAGACACGACGAUUCAUUUAGUGUGUGUCAUGUGGGUAUAGUGGUUACCCAAUACUUUAUGUCAGAGGCUCAUGUAAAUAUGCUCAACUAGAUUUCACAUGUCUCAAUGUGGAUAUAAUGUUCCCUGUGAGGUGGAGCUAUCUUUUCGUCUAGUGUUUCUUUCUUUAUUUAUUUUUUGUAAAUCUCUGUCAGCAAUUUUGUCACUCUCAAAUGCCAGCAACCCACAUUGUUACUUUUUUCAAGUGAAGAAAUAAAAUUUCCAUUUCAGGGUUCCAUAGUUGGAGUAAACUAGUUAAAUGAGGAUGACCAUUAGGUUAAUGACUUUUUACACAAAAAUUGUUUUUGAAAUGAUUGCCUAAAAUGGAGUAUGUGGUCUUUCCUUAGAGUUGUACAUUGAUGCUAAACAACAAAUCUACAAAGAUUUGGGAUUCAAGAGGUAAGUAAUUCUUGUCAUCUCUACCUGGCCCACCUGUGGUGAUCCCAUGUCUGCAUUGUGACAGACUGUUUUGAACUAAGAUUGGACUUUUCAGCCAUCUUUGCACUUGCAACACCCACUGAUACAUGAAGCAAUGGUCAUCUUUGCUAGGGAGAGACAAACAUCAUUAUCAUCAUCAUCAUUGAUUCUGGUCACCUCUAUUUAACACCAUUCUCUUACUUAUUUCACAUUUAUGCUGGCCUAAGGUUGAAUGAAAGAUAAAUAUAAUCAAAUUGCUAGACUUAAAUGCUUUCACUUAACUUUUUGGACUAUGUUUGAUUUUUUUUUUAGGUAUAAUGUUAUCAAUGUUUUUGGUGGAUUGGCAGCUAAAGAGACACGACUCUCAAUAUCCAAGGCAAGCAUUGCUCUUUUAUACUGUUUUUGUUUUUCAUUUUUGUACCCUAUAUUUUCAAUUAAAUUUUGGUUAUAUUGAAUUUUUGAAAGAUGCAAUAGCUUAGAACCUGGUGGCUUAUACUAUUGACUUAUCGAAGAGCAGGCACUGGCCCUGGCCAGAGUGUUCUUGUAUUGUGUUUGUGGGUAUUACAUUUAUAUCUUAUGGUGUCCAUUCCAGGAGUGCAAAUGAUUACUAGCAAACUGCCAGGGUGAUAUGGGUAAUGACUUGCAUUCUGUACAGGAAGGCAAUACUCCAUAGUCAUCUCUUGUGACAGCGAAAAUGUUAUCUUUUUAACUUAAAAUACUUUUUAUUUAGACAGCAGCAGUAGUAGUAGUAGGUUGAAACUAAAAACAUAAAUAAGAGUUGAGUUAACUAAUUAAGGUAAACAAAUUACAAACAAUUACAAACAACAAAUGAAUACAAAGGAAGUGAAAUGGAAAAAAAAAAUACUUUCAUUGAUAACACCAGAUAUAUACCUGCAAAAUUGAAUAGCUUGUAGACUUCUAAACAGAGAAUAACAAAAAACAUGAAUUUAAGUCAACUGACUUAAGAAGUGAUAAUGCAUAAAAGAUAAAACAAGAGGACUGUGAAAUAAUGUGCAAUAUAAGAAACAUGCAUGAAGAUGCAGCUGGCAAAGAAGGACACCAGCAAGCUUUAAAAAAACAUCUACGAUGAGGUAUGAAAAAAACAAAGAAUGAAUCAACUAAAUACAAAUUACCAAAAAAAAAUUAACGUAGGGCUUAGAUCUUACUCCUCUAUUUGUGAGAGGUUUCAUCCCAUAGGAAGUUUGCCCUUUCCAAAGCGAGUUUGCCCUAUCAAAUGAUAGGGAUUUGCUGGUGGGCCUUUCUACUCUUGCAAUUUUGCCUUCAAUAAAGGUUUUUUUCCUUAAACGAAUAUUCAUGGAAUUAGCAAUGUGACCAAAUUAGAGCAUUAAAUAAAAUAAUUAGGGAAGCAACUAGACACCAACUUGUUUAAAGGAUAAUACGAAAGCUACAACAUUAGCCUUGUGUCAGGCCCCAUUUCUCAUUCAUCAUGCCUCCUCCAAGAACUUUUUGACCAAUGAUAAAAUAUGAUCAAAAUGAGUACAUAAUUCUGCUGAAAUUCUAACCUUUUUUUGGUGAGUGUGAUUAGAUUUCAUUUAGGCAAGAACUUGCCAUGGGUAAAAGGGGACAAUUACAAGCAAAAUUUCAAUGAGGCAAACCCCUAGGAAGACUCAGGAAUAUGUCCAAGGCUGAACAUGUUGGAAAUGCAGAUUUUGAUUUUUAAUGGUCACAGUUCAAGUCAUUCAUUAUGUCUCAAUGUCUUGUCAACUCUGAUAAUAAAUGCUUAGAAAGUUCCUAUAACUACACCCUUUCUGAAGUUGCUAAGGCAGUAUGAUUGAUGUCACCACUAUGGAAAUCUUUAUACCAAUUGUAAUGUUAACUGAAAGUCACCCACUUAGUUUUGACUGUCACACACUUAAUAGCAGAGCUCACAGAGCAUAGCCCCAUAAUUAUACAAAACAGUAGUAACCCAUCAAGCUGAAAAAAUUUGUAUGUACGACCGUACGACCAUACAAGGUGCUACUUUUAACAUGUGUGGUCAACUGUACCACAGGCAUGCCAACUCCACGGCUUUGUCCAGUAGUCCAGUGGUCAGUGCACUGGGCUCAAGUUGGACGACCUAGGUUCUAGUCCUGGCUGGGGCAAGGUGUUGUGCCCUUGAGUCGUGCGGGGGAAAAAAAAAUGUGAGCUCUGCUUUUAGGCUUGGCUAAAUCUAUAUAUUAUUUCCUUCAAAUGAAGCAUUGUGGGCUUACAAUGAUUUUAUUUAAACACCCUAUUGUUUCCCCGUGCUGUUGUAGGCCAAUUCAUUGGGAAUCAAAGGA